AUGGCCAAUUUUCGAAAAUCAGUCGAUGGGAGAAAGAGAGCACGAACGAUGGAAUAUAUUGAUAGUCAGGUCGACAUUAACGAUGAUGAACAUAGUCAAACAAAACCUCACAUUGGUCAACGUAUCCACGCGCACAUUGACGUUUCAAUGUCAUUUAUUGAUGAAAAAGAUCCUAUUGAAUCAACAACUGACGAACGUGUACAGCCACGACCAAUAAUUCCCAAAAUAAAAAGAAGAGAUAGUGAUCGUUCGUUUCUUCAUCGACAAGCAAGUGAUAUUAGUUUGAAUCGAUUUUUAAAUGAAACGAGUAAACCAACAACAACAACAACAACAACAACAACAGAAUUAAAAGGUCGUGAUCAUAUACUUCGAGUUAUGAAAACAACAGUAAAUGCUAAACCGAUAAUGGACUUAAAAAAUCGUAAAUUCGUACAAGAAAUGCUUGCUAAACGGCACGAGAAACAAGAAGUUAGUAGACCAGUAUCCGAUUUUGCAUUAAAAUAUGGUUUAGUUGAUCACAAUGGAAAAAAAUUUAAAAGUCGAAAAACAUCUGAUCUAUUUACUGAUAUGGAACAUCAAUUAGAAGGUUUAAAAUCUACAUUAACUAAACGACAAGCUGUCGAGCCUAACAGUUCAUUACUACGAAUAAUCAAAUUAGAAUCAGUAUGUAAUCAACUGCUUUGCUAUUGUCAAUAUGUAACAGAUCGUGAAGAUGUUGUACUUUUUCUCGAUCCAAAAGAUGAACAAGCAAAAAGUUUAGCUAUUAAUGAUGAAAUUCGUAUUGGAGGAGAAUCACGAUUAGAUUUCAAUUUACCAGAACUAGGUUCAGUUGCAUUAGGUAUAACUGGCGUAAGAAAAGAAUCAUCAAGUAAUAAUACUGAAGAAGAUGUUCCAAUCGAAAUAAUUCAUACAUAUGAUUUUAAUUGUUCUUGCAAUAAAUGUACUUCAAACGAUCGCCAAGGUCAAGAAAUAGCACCAAUAUUCGAUCUUAUCUCUACGUUUCCUCGUGAUGAUAAAAGUCAACAGCCAACUUACGCCGUUGAAACUGUUUAUGAUUCGUUUACAUUGGCAUUAAUGUCUAAGCGAAAGUUUGAUCUUCGUGCAACAAUCAUUAUUUUUGACUCCGAUCAAAAUAAUAAUCGCUAUAUAUUCGUUGUUCGCGAUGGUAUUGGUAAUUGUCUUCAAAUAAUGUUGAACGACGUUAAUGGACUUCAAAUUAAAACACAAACACAAGAUUAUAUAUUUCAUCAGAUAGAAUUUAUCGAAAGAAUCGAAUCACCGAAAGAAUCGAACCGAUGGCCAUAUCAAGACUAUGUUCCACCCAAAAAACUAUUUUGUUUCAAAUCGACUAAUAAUCAAGUGUCUCUACUGUGA